AUGGCCGACGAGGAAGAGCGGGUCGUCCUGCUCGGCAACGGCAAGGAACCAGAAGCGACGCGGGUUCGCCUGGAGAAUGGGCGACGGACACGUUCAAAGGAAAGUCCACUCCUCGUCGCGACGCCGGAGGGCAACGAAGAUAUCGCCGACGACUCGCCGCUGCCGUCAAUGUCUGCCGCGCCGGUGGUCGUCAACUGCGCC